AUGACGGAGCUCGGUCGCUGGAGAAUCAAACUAGGAGCUGGAGGGAGUCAUGCAUGGGAUUACUUAUCAGAGGAAGAGAGUCUACGGCGUCCACAAAACGAAAUCGAUCGUUAUUGGCUCGGAAUCCCUCUGAAUCUACCAUCUCUCACUCCGCCAAAAAAUGCGCUGGACUCUGCGCGCAACGGCUACCACUUCCUCAAACAUCUACAGGCCCCUGAUGGUCACUUCCCAGGAGAGUAUGGAGGGCCUAUGUUCAUUCUACCUGGUCUUGUCAUUGCAAGCUAUAUUGUCGAAGCUCCAUUCAUGGAGCCCGAACGCCUUGAAAUGAUUCGGUAUCUGCAGAAUACUGCACAUCCUGUGGAUGGGGGCUGGGGUUUGCACGUCGGAGGUCCUUCUACCAUGCUUGGAACUGCUUUGAACUACGUCUCACUACGACUACUUGGAGUAGAUGCCCAACAACCAACUGCUGUAAAGGCACGCAAAACGCUCCAUGAACUUGGCGGAGCCGCUGCGUGUCCUACCUGGGGUAAAGUUUGGCUUUGUCUUCUGGGCUGUUAUGAAUGGGAAGGCGUUAAUCCCAUGCCUCCAGAGUUAUGGUUACUGCCGGACUGGCUACCUUUUCACCCCAGCCGUUGGUGGGUCCAGAAUCGCUCAGUAUUCUUACCCAUGACGUAUCUAUACCGCGUGCGGUUCAAAGCUACCCUCACACCCCUCACAUCUGCUUUGCGCAAGGAAUUAUACAUGGAGCCUUACAAUUCCAUCUUCUGGCCUGCCCAGCGCGACAACAUUGCGCCAGGAGACUUACAUGCGCCACGAACGCUUUUGUUACGCUUCAUGAACCUCUGUUUGAGUGCAACUGUCGAAACAUUCACAAUCCGACCUCUUCAACGACGGGCUCUUGAUCGUGUUUACCAGCUCAUCUGCAUGGAAGACGAAAACACAAACUUCCAAGACAUCGCUCCGGUCUCGAAAAUGCUGCAUCUCGUUUGUCGAUUCCACGCAGAGGGAAGAGAGAGCACAGCUGUCGCACAACACAUUGCAUCUCGAGGGGAUGUGAUGUGGGUCACACCGGAUGGUAUGCUUGCCUCAGGCACCAACGGGAGUCAGCUUUGGGACACGGCAUUCAUCGCUCAGGCACUGGCGGAAACUGGUCUCAUCAACGAGGAAGAAAAUCAAGAGUCAGCAUUAAAGAUGCUCAACUGGCUCGAUGAAGCCCAAAUCCGACACAACCCGAAGCAUUUCAAGACUGCAUAUCGGCAUCCGACCAAGGGCGCGUGGUCGUUUAGUACCAAAGAGCAAGGUUACACGUUAACCGACUGCACCGGCGAGGGCUUGAAGGCUGUUCUGUAUAUGCAAAAUAGCUGGAGGGAUGCACCCAAACUAGUCUCAGACGCGCGACUCUUCGACGCGGUUGACCUCAUGCUCGGAAUGCAGAACAGUGAUGGUGGAUUUGCAAGCUACGAACUCAUCCGCGCACCACAGGUCCUAGAAUCUCUGAACGCGACAGAGGUUUUCGGCAACACGAUGACUGAACACACCUAUGUUGAAUGUACCACCUCCGUAAUAACUGCUCUACGCAUUUUUCAAAAGCAUCAUCCCGAGUAUCGCAAGAAAGAUAUUGACCGUACAACAGCCCUUGCGAUCCAAUAUUUGCACACCCAACAACGGCCUGACGGGUCAUGGUACGGUUCAUGGGGAAUUUGCUUUACCUACGCCAUGAUGUUCGCACUAGAGAGUCUUGCACUCGGUGGCGAAACAUAUGCGAAUAGCGCAUCAGUUAAACGUGCUUGUGAGUUUCUCAUCUCGAAGCAAAUGACGGAUGGAGGGUGGGGGGAAAGCUAUCGGUCAUGCAUCGAGAGGACGUAUAUUCAUCACGAGCAGAGUCAAGUGGUACAAACGAGUUGGGCGGCACUGGCUCUCAUCUAUGCACGGUACCCUGAUGUAGAGCCCCUCAAACGCGCAGUCGCUCUGGUUAGAGCGCGACAGCUACCGGCGAGUACUUCUUAUGUGGCUGCUUCUAAUCUCAACCGUCGUCAGGAUGGUUCAUGGGCUCAGGAAGCAGUCGAAGGAAUUUUCAACACAACAUGCACGAUCAACUACCCAUUGUUCAAGCUGACUUUCACGGUAUGGAUGUUAGGGCUCGCUCACAAAUAUAUCGAGGGUGGAAAUAGCGUCUAA